AUGACAGACGCGCUGAGAAGUCCGACCGCUCUGCUGACCAUCAGACUGUGCUUCUAUAGCGUCGCAUUCGUGCAUUUGCUAAUUGUUGCUCUAGUUCUGCUCAAUGUGGAUAUGUCAAUUGACAGUGACCCCGCUGUUCGACUGUACACAGUUAUCAGGUGGAGAUUGUUGACAAUAUGGUUCAAUAUGACAUUGCUAGUGUACUUUCCGAUUUGUUUUUAUUGCGACUGGAUGGAAAAAAAUGGCCGCUGGAACGACGUGCGCAUUAGAUACUUAAGGCAAGUCAGGGAUUUAAGUUUGACGAGCAUUUUACUGCCCACAACAUUGUACUGCGACACGCUAUUCUGGCGAGUAUGGAACAAGGACCCUGGAAUUAUAGCGCCCGUUGGCAUAUUCACUUACCUUCCUUACUGGACACACCACUCCCUACACUCUGUAUCGGCUGUAGUGGUUCUGUUAGACCUGCUGAUGGUGCCAAGGCGUCGACCCCCUAGUCUAUGGCCUGGUGCUCUAGUUUUGACAACCUUUAUUACUCUCUACUCUACGAUUGUGGUGCUGAGCUACUACAACGGCAUAGUCGUUUACGCCGUUCUGAACAUGUUUGACAGACUCCAAAUAUUUCUUCUAAUGCUCAUGUCGUAUCUAGAGCUCUACUUCUACUAUACGAUACAGUGGUGCGUCGUCGACGGUGUGUGGAAAAAAAGAACGGAAGGAAACAAGAUAAAAAGCAGCUAA